AUGAUCAACGCUGUGCUCGUCUUCAACAACAACGGCCAGCCGCGCCUGACCAAAUUCUAUACCCAACUGGACACCCAAACCCAGCAAUCGCUGAUUGCCCAAAUAUACCACCUCGUCGCACAGCGCUCGGCAAGCGCCUGUAAUUUCCUUCCUCUCCCGCCCCUUCUCUCCCAAGGCGCGACCAGCUCCUCCGCCGCCGGACCCUCGGACGCUCCCACCCAAAUCACCUAUCGCACCUAUGCAACCCUCUCGUUCAUCAUGAUCUCCACCUCGACAGAGUCUCCGCUCGCACUCAUCGACCUCAUCCAGGUCUUCGUCGAGGCUUUGGAUCGCAUGUUCGAGAACGUCUGCGAGCUGGAUCUUAUCUUCGGGUAUGAGACGAUGCACGCAGUGCUGAGCGAAAUGAUCGUCGGCGGUGUGGUCGUUGAGACUAAUGUCGAGAAGAUCGUUGCUGGUGUACGCAGCCAGGAAGGUACGACGGGGAAGAGAAAGGCGGUUCAGGCGGCGAGUACCAGUCUUGCGCGAGGCGCAUUGCCCGGACUGGGAGCUUGGCGGUGA